AACUGACAGGAGGAUCUUCUGGAAGGAUUUGGACCCAUGGAGUUUCCCAUACUUGAUUUCAAAACUAUCUUUUCAAAUAUUUGCUAGUGUUUAAUCAUUAAACACAAACCUGAAACUGGGGGAAAUUCUAAGGAAAAGAAGUCCCUCUAAAUAUUCAGCGCAACUCUUCACCAUGAAACUAUUACUCCCUGUGAUGUUUAUUGUAUCCUUUUCCCUUUGUACCCUUGGACGAAAGCAUACAACAAGAAUUUCUUCUUCCAAGCAAGAGACAUACCUAAUAGAAGAAUGUGUGAGGAAGAGCUAUACUCAGAAUUCCUGCGAGAAGGUUUUCUGCCAGCCAUGGCAGAGGUGUGUGAAAGGCACCUGUCUCUGCAAGCUCCCCUACCAGUGCCCCAAAAAUGGGACGAUGGUUUGUACUGCUGACAGGAAAGCUUUCCGAACUUACUGUCAACUAAAAAGCUAUGAAUGCCAGCGUAAAGUGAGCAAGUUUAUGCACAGAGGAAACUGUGACCGUCAAGAGACCUUUAGAGUUGUUUUGGAGCCUGAAAAUGCAACUUCAGAAGGAACUGUUAAAGUCGAAUUGGCUCAUUCACAGGAGGCAUUUAUAUGUGGCGAACAGUGGAGUAUGCAAGAGGCAAACGUAGCCUGCAGAGAGCUUAAUUUUCCAGAAGGAGCUGAUUAUACAGAAGCCAUUGACACAGACAAUGUCUCGCAGCCACUGGAAUGCAUUAAGGCAACUUGCAGAGGAAUAGAGACCAGCCUAGCUGAAUGUGCUAUAAGUCGGUUGAAUCAAAGUAGUAAUGCAAAGUUGGCAAAGGUAGUGUGCCACACACAUGAUAAAGAAUGUUCCUUAACAGAAUUCCAUUGUGUCAAUAGAAAAUGUAUCCCUUUAGACAAAACGUGUGAUGGAAUCAAUGACUGUGGUGAUUUAAGUGAUGAAGUCUGUUGCAAAGCAUGCAGAGCUGGAAGCUACCAUUGCAAGUCAGAUGUGUGUAUUUCAAACAAAUACCUCUGUAAUAAUGAAAGGGACUGUCUAACAGGAGAAGAUGAAAGUCACCAAUUGUGUAAUAGAAGACAUCAGGAAAAUGAAAAAGGAAUAGAACAUGCUGAAGAGUCAAUGGAUGAAGAAAGAAGAAAUAUUAAAAAAAAAUUACCACAACUAUACUGUGGAGUUGCAAACCGCACUGUUACUCGCCGGAAACGAAUCCUAGGAGGAAAUACUGCAGAAAAGGAUGAAUUUCCAUGGCAAAUAGCAAUUAGAAGUGAAAGAGAAAGAGUGACUUGUGGUGGGGUUUAUAUUGGAGGCUGCUGGGUUUUGACUGCUGCACAUUGUGUUAGAGUAAGCCGUACACAUGUUUAUAAGAUAUUUACAGGAAUGUUUAACCAAAUAAACCAGAUUGAAGGAAUAGAUACAUUUAAUUUAAAAAGAGUGAUAAUCCAUGAAAAAUACAAUUCCAAAACAUAUGAAAAUGACAUUGCAUUGCUGGAGAUGAAACCCAAUAACCAUGGGAGAUGUUCACCAAUCAGUUCUGUGCCAGUAUGCAUCCCUUGGUCACGAUAUAUGUUCAAAAGUGGUCAACAGUGCAAAGUAUCUGGCUGGGGAUUUGAUGAAGCUUUUACAAGACAAUAUACUCUUAAGUGGGGCUACAUUUAUUUAAUGGAAAACUGUUCCGACAUCUACAAACACCGGUAUUUUGAAGGAAUGGAAUGUGCAGGUACACAUGAUGGCUCUGUAGAUUCUUGUAAAGGUGAUUCAGGUGGACCUUUGGUUUGUUUUGACUCUGACAAUGUGGGAUAUCUUUGGGGUAUUGUGAGCUGGGGUGAAAAUUGUGGUGAAAAGGGGCAUCCUGGUGUUUAUACAAAAGUGGCCCAUUACUUUGAUUGGAUUGGCUAUCAUACUGGAAUGCCCCUCAUUACUCGAUAUAACCUGUGAUUUUUGGAAUUAAAAUAUGUCAGCCUGACAGUGACAAAACAUGAAAGAUUGGUUAAAGCAUUAGGGGCUCAGUCUAACAUAGGCUUCAGUGGGAGAGACAUGCAACACAAUCCUAAAUAUGUUUAUUCAAAAGUAUGUUGUGGUGAGUUCAGUGAAACUUGCUUCUAAGUAAGAGUUCAUAGGACUGGGGGGUUAUAUAUGCUAAAAUCUAUGGGAUUUAAGUGCUAAACUCCAUCUGGAUUCUGCCACGACAGAUUAUCAGUUAUGACAUGUUACAUUUUUCAUUUAAACCACUGUUAAAUUCUGAUGACCUUCUGUAAAUAGACGUGGCCCAUAUUGUUGGACAUAAGACUUUAUAUUCAAAUAAAGGCAAAUCAUAUACUGUU